AACCGCUCAGCGUCGGCAAGCAGCAGCAACACAAGAAAAACAUCAGACCGAAACCCGGACCCAGACCCGCUCGAUAAAAGUCACAACCCUCACCUGGAUCAAUCACUCAGCACCAAAGCCCAAGCAUCGAAACUCUGUGAACCCAAAAUCCACAACAUCCACGAUCCCUGUCGCAGGGUUGUCUCGUUUCUCAGUCUCGUCCCUCUCCUUCCUACCUUGCCUUGUGCUACACCUCUGCAAGUCACUCGGUUCACCUCAGUCGACGAUACUCGCUCGUUACCUACCAAUAAGGGCUUUUUAACCGCCGUAUCUGUUUUCCGUGUAUCUCUGACUGCAAGAAACUCGGAGAGAGGUUUAGUUGUACCGGCCCGGUCAACAGAUUUCCAUCCAUCCAUCCAUCGAUCCAUCCAGACUGUAAAAGUAUCCAUACCUCGUCGCUUUUUCUCUUCUCCCACCACAACAACAACAUCCAAAUCCACGCAAUCGACAUAUUGGAGAAGGUUUUGCACCAGCCAGAGGUACCACCAGCGACCAAACCAUAGUCCACUGCCACCUCCACCACAACCAGCCCACCACCACCACACUACUGCGUACGGGCACUACCAGAGGUUCAGUACCACCUCACCUCCCGAUCUCAAUUCCCAGCGCCGUACCUUACCGGGGGUCCUGGUCCGUGCUUUCUUCGCUCUUUCCCUCUCCGGUGCUCGGUGCACGUACCCUUAA